AUGGGCUAUAUUUGUGCUGUAAAGAAUUGUGGACACAAUACUGCUAGAGAUAAGGGUAGAUACAGAUUUUUCAGGUUUCCAGCGAUAAUAGUAAGCCAAGGCAAAGAAAUUUGCGAAUUGAGCGAACGGCGAAGAAGGCAGUGGUUUGCAAAUAUUUACAGGAAGGAAUUCGAUGAUAAGAAAGCUGAAAACUCUCGAGUUUGUAGCAGUCACUUUAUUUCUGGUGUGUAAAUAAUAUGUAGAAUAAUUUCUUUUCGUAGAAAAAUCCUGCCAGCGGACCAAAUGAUAGCUGAACUGACAAUCGCCUCGUGCACAUUUUGUAAUCUUUGCUUAGCUGCAUGCAUUUUGAGAUCCCUUAGUCAUUUCUAAAUAACUGUCUGAAGAUUUGCUCUGUAUUUACAAUGCUAUUUGAAAGAUUAGUUUGCAUGGACUAUUUUAUUUACUUACUUGCAGGAGAACGUGCAGAGCUCUUGGCCACCACCAACCCUGACUGGGCACCUACUGUGAAACUUGGUCAUGACAAAAUUAAACAAAAUGUUUCCCAGCUAGCGGUUUCCGAAAUGCUCGUGCCCAAAAGAGGAAUGAAAACAAACAGAACUACGAUGAGAUGGCUUCUUCCUCUACGUCUAGAAAAAGUGGUGAGAUGGAGGUUGUUCAAGAAAAAGAAUAUGUUGAAACUGAAAUAUCUAGUAAGUGUACGUUAUCAAUGUCAGGUUAACGUUUGAUCUCUUAUUAUAAGUAUUCUCCACAAAGGUAUUUCAAGUGAAUGGAGAUUACUGGUAAAUAAUGUUGACGCUAAAACCUUGUCCUCCUGUCUUCACUCUUUUUGUAGAAAUUAUCACUUACAUAUCAAGUCAUUUAAAAUGAUAAACUUCAUAAUCCUGUUUUUGGCAUUGCUUGUAUGCCUUCUUCAAGCCUACCACUAAGUUUCAUGAGUCAUUCAGUUAACACGUUUCAUGUAUAUAUUUUUUAUUGCAGUGA